UGCGCUCAUCAAAAUUGAGGGGCAGCGUUAGUUCAGAAGCUGGGUGUUUCGCAUAUUGCGGUAUUGUCUGCCUUAUUGCACAAGGUCUGGUUUGCUAAGACGAUGCCCGUGGAUCUAGGUGCGUGGAACGGACCGCUGGCUCUCACCGAGGUGGAAGAGAAGCCCGCCGUCCCUCUGGCCGUCAAAUAUGGGCCUCUUGAAAUUGAUGAACUGGGCAAAGUGCUCACACCCACCCAGGUGCAAAACGCGCCUACAAGCAUUGACUGGUCAGGCUGCGACCCUGGCAAACUAUACACUCUAGUCCUGACCGAUCCAGACGCGCCGAGCAGAAAGGACCCUAAAUUCAGGGAGUGGCAUCACUUUUUGGUUGUGAACAUGAAAGGAAACGAUGUUGGCACUGGAUGUGUGAUGUCCGAUUAUGUUGGAUCUGGCCCUCCAAAAGGAACUGGUCUCCAUCGCUAUGUGUGGCUGGUGUAUGAACAGCCCGGACCCUUGUCAUGCAAUGAGUCUGUUCUCAGCAAUCGAUCCGGAGACCACCGUGGAAAAUUCAAAGUGGAAGCCUUCCGCAAGAAGUACAAGCUGGGAGCCCCAGUAGCUGGCACCUGCUACCAAGCUGAAUGGGAUGAUUAUGUGCCGAAGCUGUAUCAACAGCUGUCCGGCAAAUGAAAGCCUCAGUAACCAAUGCAACUGACUACCGCCUAAUUAUGUUAUGCAUCUCCUGCGUUGCAGAUCUGCUAUUUUUUGUGUUAAUUAUAAAGUUCUCAUUUCGUUGACCUUAAUUGCACAGUUCUGCAGUAUUUCACUGCAGUAAGAAUUGUAAUUUUCACUAGAUUGCAAUAAAAUAAGCUAGAUACAAGAAUAAGAAA